AUGAACUUCUCAGGUUUAGGCGAGCCUUUGCUCGGUGUGGCACAACAGAUCCAGGAUCUUCAGUCCCGACUUGCAGAGAGCGACUCGGAACGCACAAAGCUGAACGCAACUAUCCAAGGCUUGAGCGACAGGCUGGAAGCGAGCGAAAACACAGCGCGACGCGCAGUUCAGGUUGAGGCAGAAUUGUCAGAAACGAAAGGGCAAUGUGCCGCACUGCGCGCACAACUCGAUACAGAACGACAAGUAACUCGCGAGAAGCAGGCAGACCUUGACGAGUGUAAGAAGUCGAAUGCGGAGCUGCAGAAACUAUGUGGGCACAGCGAAAGUGAGCUCAAGAGCAUUGCUGCGAAGUGGACUAAGCUCAAGGAGCAGCUCGAAGGAAAGGAACUUGAGCUUCAACAGCUCAAGUCCACCGUGAAGCAUGCGGAAACACUGAAGGGACAGCAACACGGCGACUAUGACACGAGUGGGACUAUCGAGACGAAUGAGCAAGAAGCGGAGUGCACGCAGGAAAUCCGAUAUCCAAUGGGAGAAUUUGCAGAAUUCGAAAAAUUGCUUGAAAAGGGGGACAAGGGUUACUUUGAGAUCACAGAUCUCAAGAACGCGAGGGAUCAUGCUGUACCAAUACCAGAGAUGCUUAAGCGUUUGGAAAAGCAGCGUUCGGGAUUGUCGGGAAAACGCUGGAAGGAGCUCACAGCGUGUGAGUGGAAUCCACCGUUGAUACGAAUUGAUACCACGUCGUCGCCGAUGGAGGGCGUGACCCCGACAGUUGAAGCAACGACUGUGGUUGCGAAUGCUCCUGCGAGCCCUCCCAUUCUUUCGAGCUCAAUGUACUACAUGGUCCGACAGCCGGCGGGGCCUCGGACAUCUUCGAGAGGGCAUGAGCUACGCGAACAGCAGAUACAUCGCCCGACACCGGAGUCGCCUGUGCAUGGCUCGACGAAGACAUCUUCCAGUCCACGUGCACCUUCAAUCGACACUUCAUCCCGCCUGGCCUUCGAAUCUAGGCCCCGCAGGCGAAAUUCCCGAGAUCGUCGAUCAAACAGAAAACAAGAGGUUUCAAGCCCAGAAAUUUCCCCCGGCCCACCCAAGAAACGCCCAUACUCAGAGGACAUGACCGAGGAAGAGUUCCGCCGUGCAGUCGCCCAUCGUCGCUGCGUGUGCGUCCACUGCUACAAACACAACAACAAAUGCGACGCCGAGCCGCAAUGUCAGAACUGUCUCUCGGUAGGCCGCAAAUGUGUGCGCAAGAUAUGUGGAUUCGGCUUGGACUGUCGGCACGUCAGGUGCGUGUACUUGCAUCCGAAUCAAUAUGAUCCCAACGAUAGUCGGUGGAUCGUUGAGACUGGAGGGAUGUUCGGAAAGAGUGGCAAUGGGUCGGCCUCUGGGUAUGAGGAUGGACGUGCUCCUGUCCGUACUCGUAGGAAAGGCUCGUCCUAUCGCCCUGGACCCUAUGAUCGGCCGCCGUGA